GAGACAGAAGACCGAGAAAGCAAGAAGAAAGAGGACUACUUCUUUGUCUUGCAACAACUUCUUACACGCUUGCCUGCAAGGAAAAUCAUCUUUAACAUCAGAAAACAAUGGAGAACAUGAAUGCAUCAGCAGUAUCUGAGGAUACCAAGCCCACUCCAGCUGAGUUCAAGCAGAAGGAGAGCAGACAGUUCAAGAGCAAAGCUCCCAAACCAGGGCAGAAAGGCUUCAGCAGCGCUCUGCCAGGGAUGGACGGGCUUGACGAUGCUGCAGUGAUCUGCCCCUGGGAGGAGUUCGGUGACGUUGAGUUGGGCGACCUGGCUCAGUUUGGAACCGCCUAGAACCCACAAACACCUGGAGCCACAUCCAAGAGUUUUGGGGAUUUUUUUUUUUGGUUUUGCUGGAGGAUGUCUGCUGGAGGGAAGGAAUGUGCUCUAGGCUGCAGGAGUUCUUUCAUCGAAUGACUCUGCAGCAGUUGAGCGUUUUUUUGUAUUUUUGUAUAUUUCUCAGCCAAACUGCACUUUCAGAAACCCAUUCAUAAAAUUAUAUUUUAAUGCCCUGUUAUCUGAAAAAAAUAUGACAAAUUCCCCAGAUUUUGUUGAAAUGUAUUUUUUUUUCUUUAAUGCAAAAUCA